AUCAGUGUUGAAACACGCACAAACAGGCAAAUCUUUUUGUUUAUAAUAUAAAUGCAAGUAUAAAUAUUAAUUGCCGAUAUUGUUGAAACCCAUAAUGGAUAAAUUGAACUCCACGUUGACCGCCGUGAAGAGCCUGCGCUCGAAUGUGCGACAGUGCUUCGAGCAUUUGGCGGACGGCACUGAUGGCGAGGCAGCGGAGGAGAGUCGCAAUAAAUUUGUUCACGAAUUCCAAGAUAAAUUUGGUGCAAUAAAUUCACAAUUGCGGGAAGUCGAACAGCUGAUCAAUGCCCUACAAGUGCCACAAACGGCUUACUCCUUGGGCAACACUGCUUAUUUGGCCCUGGAGACGGCACAAGACCGGCACACUUUAUAUCCCCAGUUGGUCAAUAGUUACAAAUGGAUUGAUAAAGUGCACGAUCACAGUUUUCUGGCCUUCAACAAUCUCAAUCAGAACACCUUGAGACGAUCGUACAACUAUUGCUCACAGAAGCGACCACGAUUGCCCUUCUCCUCAUUCAAUAAUGAUCCAGAUCACAUAGAUAAGCUUCUCAGCGAAAUUAACACACCACCGCACACGUCUUAUCGAGUAUUUAGGCCAUUCGGAUCCAAUGCAGUGGCUAUUGUCACCAUUAGCAAUGUGUUGAAAGCAGCCAUUGUGUUUAAGGGCGUCCUCAUUGAGUGGGUGACUGUCAAGGGCUAUGAUGAGCCACUCGAACAGGAUGAUCUAUGGGCCGAGUCGCGUUACGAGGUCUUUCGCAAGGUCCAGGAGCAUGCCCAUUCCGCCAUGCUCCACUUUUUCUCACCCACUUUGCCCGAUUUGGCCGUCAAGAGCUAUGUGACCUGGUUAAAUAGCCACAUUAAACUUUUCCUGGAGCCCUGUAAGCGAUGCGGCAAAUACAUAGCCAGCGGUUUGCCACCCACGUGGCGCGAUCUGCGCACUCUGGAACCAUUUCACGAAGAGUGUCGCAAUUGCUGAUAUUAAAUAGUAUAAUUAACUCUAGACAUAACUUGGAUACUUCAUUUAUUUUCAAAAAGAAAACAGAAAAAAAUUA